UUUGGUUUGUUUUCAUUAAAUUUACGGUUGUCGACAAAUGUUAUUCAAAUAAAAUGGCCACAAUAUCAGAAGAAGAGUUUUCUAGACUCCAAAUGCAGUUGCUAGAGCUCCGUUCACAAAAUUAUGAAUUAAGUUCCAAAUUACAAAAAACAGAAUCAAAUUUUGCAGGAUUAAAUGAAAGAUGUUCAACACAAGAAAAAGAAAUUCAAAAACUGAAUAAAUUGCCAAAGUUUUCUGGUUUUCAGGGAUUAACGAAAAGCAAAUCGAAAAAGGAUUGGGCAGAUAUACUUGAAGAAAAUGAAAGAUUAAAUCAGCAAUUACAACGUCAAGAGGAAGAUUUUAAGCUUCAAAACCAAACGCUCAUGUAUGAAGUGUCUCAGUUGUCGAUGGUGAAAGAACAGAUAUCUUCCAACUUCGAAGAAAAUGAAAAACUCAAAUGCGAAAUCAACAAUCAACAAAAAAUUAUUGAAGGCUUGAAAAAGGAACUUCAAAGCUACCAAUCUGCAUAUAAUUCACAAAGUUGUCAAUCAACAUAUAAUGUACAGGACUCAAUAAACACAGAGUUUUGUAACAACAUUCUCAAAAAGCUACUAACUCAUUUUAAAGCAAUUCAAUCUAAAAUGUCUUCAGAAACAAUGUUUUUAGCAAUGGAUAAUAAAGAAACAAUGGAUAAUAAAGAAAAUGAAGAUAAUCUGAAUUAUGCUGAUGAAUUAAAUGAAAUAUACAAUUCAAUAGAAAAAAUUUGCAAACAUGUAAUGAAUGAUUCAACAUUACAAAAGGAUUGCAUUCCAGAAAAUGUUCAAUUGCUUAAAGAUGAAAUAGUUAGUCUUGAAGUACAACUAAAUUCUUUAAAAGAAACAUCCACAAAAGAAUUAUCAAGGUUAAAAGAAGUAGCUAAUGAGUGGGCUGAGAAAGCAAAACGAAAGCAAGAAAGUUUUGUUAAAUUACAAGAUGAAAAAGAAAACAUGUACAAAGAAAACAGAAUUGCUCAAGAAAAACUAAAAGAAACUGCAGAAAAGCAACUUCAGGUUUAUGUUGAAAAAGUUAAACAGCUAGAAGCAACUCUGUCGCAAUCUAAGAGUGCAAAUGAUGCAGAAAAUCUGUUGUGUCGAAUAGAUAUACUUAGUAGUGAAAACCAAGCCAUGCAAGCUGAAAUCAUUAGUUUACGAGAGUUACACAAAGAAAAUCUUUCUGAUAACAUAAAAAAAUUUGAAGAAAAGCUAAGAAUUUUAAAACAAGAGAAGGAUUUGGAUGAUGAAAAGAUAAAAGUGCUGUCAGAAGAAAAUAACCAACUCAAUAAAAAGCAAAAUAUAUUAGAAGAAGAACUUUCAAUAAUAAAGCUGGAACUCAGUAAAGCAAAUGAAUUAGCUGAAAAAAGAAAGAAUUUGCUUGAUGCCAGUUCUAAAGAGCUUCAUAGUGAAGCUGAAGCUCAUCGCUUGAAGCUUGAAGAAACAAAGAAUAAACUAGGAGAUGAUAUCAGAAUGUUGGUUGAAAAAAAUAACGCAGAAGUUAUUGAAUUAAAAAGUCAAAUAAUUAAUCAUAAGAAAGUUAAGAAAGAAUUAGAAGAAUUGAAAUCAUAUACGAAAGCACUAGAAGACCAAUCAAAAACCUUACAAGAGAAAUUAGAUAUCCUGCAAAACCAUUUUACAGAUAGUAAGGAAAGCAAUAAAAGAAAUGAAGAGAAACAUAUCAGUGAGAUUAAUGCAAUUAAAGAGAGCUUUGAAAAAAGUACUGAAGAUUUGAUUUCAAAAUAUUGCUUGGAAAAAGAAAGUUUAGAACAUUCAUUGCAAUCAAUAACCAUAGAAAAAAAUGAUUUGUACUUACAAGUGGAGAAGUUAAAAGAAAGUCUCAAAGACAAAGAUGUAGAAUAUCGAAUUCUUAACAAAAAAAAUGAACAAAUGAUAAAAGAGUUAAAAAAGAAUUUAGUAACAGAACGUAAAAAGGCAGAACAAGCUCAGAACAAAUUACAAGAUUUUAUACAGGACAUUAAAGUUAAAAACACAUAUGAUGAAAUUUUUAAUCCGGAAUCACUUCAAGUCAAAGCUAUGUCUAUGCAUAGACGCCAGGAUAGUGGAAGUUUGUCGUUAGUUUCAUCGACUGGAGGAGUUGAUAAUGAAGAUUUUACUAGUCCUAAGUCAAACAGCCCUAUGGGUAGUUCAGUAAACAUUGCAAAUCUGAGCGAUGAGACAGUUGAUUUAAUUACAAAAGUGGCUGAACUUCAGCAAGAAAAAUGGGUGCUGGAAGAGAAAGUACGGCAUUUAGAAGAAAGUGGGUCUGUUAUGGCCGAAGAUCUCAUGCAAAAAUCAUUAAUAAUCCAAGCUUACGUUGCAGAACAUAGUGGAGAAUUACUUCCGGACCGCAUUCCUAAAACGCAAACUCUCAAAGAAAAAAUGUUCGACAAGUUAAAGUUCAACAAUGCUGAUGAUUUGAUGAAAGAAAAGACGAUGAAAAUGCAACAGAUGCUUGAAGAAACUCUUGCGAAAAAUGCGCAACUACAAAAAGAUUUAUCAUACCUUACUUCACUCCACGCAAAAAAACGAGACGAAACUUUGUAGCACCCAUAUUGGAGGAUAAAAAUGCAACAAACAUAUAAAAAUAUUGUUCUU